AGUUGCGCUGCUCGUCGCGGGCCUCGAGGUUUCCGGAGUAGCCGCUCGGUGGGUUUGCAUCGCACCUGAGCAGCGUAGGACUGCAAAGCAGGGUGCGGUUGCCAAUCCCAGUCCCGCUGCGUGAGACCCCUCCUCCCCGCGCUUCCUCUGACAGGUGAGCGGUGCCGGGUGUGGGCAGAGGCGAUGAUCUUGUGCCAUGCGGAUCCAAAGAGCCCGGGAGCGCCGCGGACUGCUACAUAUUGCUGGCUAGGGUUUGGUGUAAUGCCCAGUAUGUGAAGUCACACCUGCAUCUGAAGAGCACUGAAGUCUUUUGAUGGGAACAAGAUACAUUAGAAGUCAAUUAUACCUCUUCCCACAGUAUCUAUAAAAAUGCAAGAAACAAAAUUGCGUGUUUCAUCUUCUUGCUAAUAGCAGCUUUGUUUAUUAUGAAAAGUGAAAGAGGAAAACAUUUUUUGGACAUCUUAAAAGUAGCUUUUGGAAGUGACAAAAAUGCUGUGUUUGAGACAUAUUUACUCAUUUGCACUGAGACGCUGCCAGUUUCGAACUUUGAGUAGUGACACAUUGCUCAGCCAGUUAAAUAGCUGCACAACUGAAGAUCAGGUCUUUGACCUUGUUGGAAAGAACAAAGCCAAACUAUCUGAAAAGCACGUUGGAAGUGCAAUUAGUCUACUCUGGAAAUUUCAAAAGGAGAAGUCCUAUCUAUUGAGGAAUAUUGACUAUGUAAAAAAUCAUUGCCAGUUUCUUACUCUUCGCAUUUUAGCUGAAAACAAAAUAGAAUUUAUGGAUAAUGAUCUCUUGGUGGAUACGCUGUAUAAUGUAAUGAGGUUCACUGUAGAGGCCCACGAUUCUUUAGUACAAGAGCUGGUUAUGGAAGCAUGGAGAAGAUUAGAAAGGUUUAGUCUGCCAAAUCUGUCUAAGUUUGCAAUGUGUCUAAAUGAUCAACAUAUAUACUUUAGCCCUCUAACUGGCAAAAUAGCAGAUAUCGUAAACAAGAACUUGGAUUCUAUACAGGACACAAGGGUCUUGUCGGUUUUGAUGGUCAGCAUAUCUAGUGUUACCUCACAUAGUUUUCAAAAACGAUUAAUAAAAAAGGCUGAAGUUCUGUUGGAAACAGCAAAUGUCAUCCAUUUCAAUCAUGCCAGAAGGAUGGUGCAGUUUCUUCGAAAUAUCAGACAAACUUACCGUCCAUUGCUGGAAAAGUGCAAUAAGGUCUUCCUUGAUAAUCCUAGUCAGCUUGAUCUAGACAACAUCAGUAUUCUCCUUGGACUAUACCAGUCUCUACAGUUCAACAAUACUGAAUUCCGAUUAGUCAUUAAACAGAAGCUGACUGAAAUUAUUGAUGAUUGUAACAAUCCUGUGAGCUUUGCAAAAUUAUUUGCAACUCUAGGACCGAUGGCAGGACCAGAGGUAAAAGAACGGUUAAUAGCAACUGCACUACUAGUGGUGGAAGAAUUUAACUGUCAACAAGCAUUAAUAGUAGUGGAGGCAAUGGAAGAAAUGGAAUGUAGAAAUUCACAUCUGAUUCAAAAAAUUGCUUCUCUUCUACAUAAAUACUUGGAUAAGUACAAACCAAUAGAAUUGGCAAAAAUAACACAAGCCUUGUUGCUGCUGCAUUGCCAGGACACAGAACUUUACACCAAAUUAAGACAAUUGCUAGCUGGGUACUUACGAACUAAUGUUAUGCCCACUGAAAUUUCUAUGCUAACUCGUGUUCUGUCCAUGCUUCCUUCUUGUCAAGUGGACGAAGUAGUGAUUAACAGGGUUGAUGCAGUUUUGCCUCAAUGCAGCUUAAGUGAUUUGAAUAGCUUAGCUACAGCUCUUGUCAGAUGGAUUCAUCAUGAUCGGGCACAUCAGCAAAGCACAGUCAGACCAUAUGCAAAGCUUCUACAGAAAUUAAGUAACUGCGGGUAUCAGAGGCUUCAAAAAGCCAGUGACUUGGAUGUGUUGCUAGAAGAACUUAGACAUAUAUCUGGAGAAUGGUUUGAAGAAAUGAUCAUUGAAGAAACAAUAAGUACUUGUCAGCGCUUGAUGGACCAAAUUACAUGGAUGAAUUUAUUAGAAUUUUCAUCUUUUCUCAUGAAAACAAACUAUCGCUGUACUCCUUUACUUGAUAGAAUAGCUUCUGUGGCAGCUCAGCAUAUAAGCAAGAUCUAUCCUUCUGGAAUCUAUACUAUUCUCCUCCCCUUUGCUAUUAUGAAUUAUGAUCCUCCUCAAAGUGAAGAGUUCUUUGAAACUUGCAUCCGACAUUUUAGUUCUCACUUAGGUUGUUUUGAGCCUCAUCUCUUGGUGCUGCUCGGUUACUCCUUGGCCAUCGCUGAGUAUUUUCCCCCAGUCCUGAUAAAUGCAAUAUUUAAUGUUGAUUUCCUAGGCAAACUGGAUGCCCAGCUUGAAACCCUACCAGAAUCCUUAAAUUGGAGAGUCCGGCUCCGCCUGAUGGAAUUGAACAGAGCCGUGUGUCUGGAAUGCCCAGAGUUUCAGAUCCCUUGGUUUCAUGAGCGCUAUUGUCAGCAGGUACAGCGUAAAGGCAAUGGCAACACAAAUAUAGCACAGGAGCAGAUUCAUAGAAUGCUGGGGGAGAUUCUGGGAGGAAGACAGUAUGCCAAAGCAUCUGUUCUCACACCUUACUACUAUAGAAUAGAUUUUGAAUGCAUUUUGGAUAAAAACAAAAAGCCUCUUCCCUAUAUGGAUCAGAAUAUAGUUUUGGCUGACUUAGUACAAUGGGGACCAGACAUUCAACUCCUGGGGAAGAAGGGGCUACCGCCAGGAGCACAGAGAAUUGCUGUGGAGUUUCUUGAUUCUAGAUCUUUUUGCAAAAAUUCAUGUCACCUCAAAGGAAAAAUUGUGAUGAAAAAAAGACAUCUGGAAAUUUUGGGAUACGAGGUGGUUCAGAUUCCUCACUUUGAAUGGAAUUCCAUGGAGCUAUCAUCAAAAGAUGCCUGGAUGAAGUAUCUGAAAAAGAAUAUAUUUGAAACAAAGUAAUACAGAGACACAAUCAUGAUAUAUAUUUUCAUAUAAACAUUUAACUUUUAUCAUGUAACAUUAAAUAUUUUGAAUUCUUAAGA